AUGUCCAACGUUACUGCCAUAGAAAAAUUUCUACUUCUGGGAUUUUCUGGAGGCCGAAAACUUCAGGUUUUACACUCUGUGAUCUUCUUAGCAAUGUACCUCAUUGUUCUAAUUGGAAAUCUUCUGAUCAUUACCCUGGUAGCUGUCAACAGUCACCUGCACAACCCAAUGUAUUUCUUUCUUGUCAACUUAUCAAUCCUCGACCUUGGAUCAACCUCUGUCAUCAUUCCAAAAUCCAUGGCCAAUUCUCUCAUGAACACAACAUGGAUUUCAUAUUCCGAAUGUGUCACACAAAUGUUUUUCUUUCUCCUUUUCCUGUCAUCGGACUUCUACCUCCUCACUGUCAUGGCCUAUGACCGAUAUGUAGCCAUCUGUCACCCACUGCACUAUGUGUCUAUGAUGAAGUGGAGUAGCUGCCUCCAGAUGGCAGCUGGAGCAUGGAUGGGAGGUUUCCUUAAUGCUGCUUUGCACACCAGUACUGUUUUUUCACUGCCCUUCUGCUCUAACAUAAUCCAUCAGUUUUUCUGUGAAAUCCCACAUAUUUUGAAGAUCACCUGCUCCAGUUCAUACCUUAAUGAAGUUUGGGCUCUCCUCUUUAGCACAAUAUUUGGUCUUUUCUGCUUUGUGUUCAUUGUUAUUUCCUAUGUACAGAUCAUUACCACAGUGUUAAGAAUGCCCUCCAUGGCAAACAGAUGGAAAGCCUUCACUACUUGCAUUCCCCACAUCACAGUUGUCUCCAUAUUAUUUGGCACUGGUAUGUUUACCUACUUUGUUCCAACGUCUAACUCUCCAUACAAUCUGGAUGAAGUGCUUGCUGUGUUAUAUACUGUGGUGCCUCCAAUGCUGAACCCAAUAAUCUACAGCAUGAGGAACAAAGAUAUCAAAGCUGCCUUGUGGAAGUUGCUUGGUUUUACUCUUGGUAAGAAGAAUGAAGAGAUACCUCCCAUUCACCUAUAA